AUGAAGCUUCCUAUCUUGUUGACCUCCAUGGUGGCAGCGUCCCACGCUGCCAUCCUCGGACUCGACUACGGCCAACAGUUCACCAAGGCCGUGCUUUUGGCCCCAGGAAUCUCGUUUGAAAUCGUGUUGACCGACGAAGGCAAGCGCAAAGAUCUCUCAGGAAUCCUGAUUCGUGGCGGAAAACACGCCAAUGACCUCGAGAGGGUGUAUGGGUCCCAGACGGGCUCGUUGUGUACCCGUUUCCCCCAAUCGUGUGUCUUGGAUCUCAAGACGUUGUUGGGGAAGUCCAUCCUGGACCCUUCCACCAGACAGUACUUGGCCCAGCACUUUGGCGUCACAUUGAUCGAAGACGACACUCGUGCUGGUUCCGUCAAGUUUGACCUCGGGUUCGCCAACCAGUCGUACGCGUUCACCGUGGAGGAGGUGUUGGCCAUGAACUUGAACGACAUCAAGACCAGAGCCUUGCAGACGUUGCAGUCCACCUCACACGCGAUUCCAUUGGUCGAGGAUGUCACCAUCUCUGUGCCUCCGUUUGCGUCGCCAGAAACCAGACAGUCGUACUUGGACGCCUUACACUUGGCCAAUUUCUCCAACGUGUUGGGGUUGGUCGACGAAGGCACUGCCGUGGCUCUCAACUACUUGACCAACAGGAAGUUCGAGGCCAGUGACUACAACGAUGUUGCCCAGCGCCACUUGGUCUUCGACAUGGGUGCAGGCUCUGCCACUGCCACCUUAUUCUCGUUCACUCCGUACAAAAACGGGUCUAUUGUGUUGGAGUUGGAAAAUGUGGGCUACGACGAGUCCUUCGGAGGAAAGUUAUUGACCCAGUCCAUCUACACCAUCAUUUCCGAGAAGUUCUUGGCCAAAUUCAACUUGAAGCACUCGGACUUGACUCCUAAGGCUGUUGCCAGACUCGUGGAGGCCUCUGAAAAGGCCAAGCUCAUUUUGUCUGCCAAUACCGAGUACCAUGUCUCUUUGGAAUCCAUUCACGACGAUAAAGACUUCAAGACCACCGUCAGCAGAGACGAAUUCGAGGAAAUCAACUCCGACUUGAUGGAGCGCAUCACCAAACCCAUUUUGGAUGCCUUGAACGGCUUAUCGGUUGACGAACUUAAGUCUAUCGUGCUCAAUGGUGGCUCCACCAGAGUUCCUUUUGUCCAAAAGCACUUAAUUGCUCUUGUUGGUGAAGACAAGAUCGCUAAGUCGGUCAAUGCCGAUGAAUCUUGCGCUUUGGGUACCACCUUGAGAGGAUUGAAGUUGAAGACCAAGUUAUCCAAGCCAAAUGAUGUUAUCGUUAUCGACAAGGGUUUCCACAAUUACGAGGUUGCUGUCAACGGAGAAGACGACCCUAAGCUAGUUUUCGAAAAGGGUACCCUUAUCAACGAGGUCUCCAGAGUCAACUUAGGUGCUAUUGCGAACAAUCUCGACAUCGGAUUGUAUGAAGAUGGCAAAUUAUUCAAGACUUACGCUUUUGAAGAUUUGGUCAAGAAGACUGAGAAGUUUAGUUGCAAGUCGAAGGACUCCAAGGAAUUAUUUGGUUACUUCACCUUGGAUCAGAAUAAGAUGUUCGAUUUGACCAGAGUUGAAGUUGAGUGUGUUAAGGAAGACAAGAGCAUCUUGGGUAAGAUUUUGAAUAAGGGCAAGAGCACCGAGGAAGCCACUGUUAACGAAGACGAGGAUGGCGAAGUUAUAGAUACUUUUGGGGAUGACUCUGCCAACUCCACCAACUCCACCGAAACCACCACUAAAAAGACCACUAGGGCACCACCAAAGCCAAAGACUGCUCAUGUACCACUCCCAAAGGCUUCUUAUCCCGGUGUUAAGCCAUUUUUGAGAACAACCAAGGAAAAGCUUGUUGGUAAGCUUGCUUAUUUAAACAGCAGAGACCAGCAAAAGGCCGAACUUGAAAGCGUGAGAAACAACCUUGAAAGUGAUUGCUACCAAUUACGUGCUUACAUCGAGCAUUACGAGGAUAUCUUGAGUGCCGAGGUCGAGGACCUUUCCGAGUACGAGAGUUUGGUUGGCGAGGUUAUUGAAUGGUUGGAGUUUGAAAGCGACGACGCUAGCAUCGAAGACAUUAAAGAAAAGAUCGCUAUGGUUGGUAAGAAGCACAAGCGGUUGGCGAGAUUCGUGGAGAUUCAUUCCGCAGAUAUCUCUUUGAAGCACAUCAAGAAUUUGCAAGUGGAGGGAUCCAAUUUUGUUAAUUCUUUACAAGAAAAGCUUCUCACUUAUGGAGGACAGGUCCAAGAAAUCAGAGGCAGGUAUGAAGCUGAAGGGUUUGAUUUCGACAAGGAAAAUGACAGACAAAGAGCUGCAUUGGCAGCUAAGGGAAUGGAUAAGUUGGAUAAGUUUGACAAAACUUUGGAAGCUUACAAGAACGACUUGACCACUGUCGGCAAAAGUGUGGGUUUGUCAGAAGAAGAGUACAACUCAUUGAGUAAGGAUGAACGUUACACCUUUUACGAAUUAUUGACCAACGGCUUUGCUAACGUAUUGGCUGAUUUGGUUUCUUUGGAAGGAGGCCACAUUGAGAGACUUGAUGCGUUGAACGAGAAGUUUGAGACCCUUUCGGCCAGAAAGAAACAAAAGGAACUCAAAGACAAGUUGAAGAAGUCCAAGAAGGAGGCCAAGGUGGAGGAAGAGCCAGAAGCCGAAAAUGGUGAAGACGAUGACGUAGUCUUUGAGGAGGACGAGCCUGAACAAACAUCCACAGAAACAGCAGAGGAUAGCCAACAGACUGCUUCCGAAAUAGAACACGACGAAUUGUGA